AUGGCGGGGGACGACUCGAGUGAAGAUCGCCUGAAUUGGUGGACCUCGCUCCUACAAAACCAGACCCUAUCUCCUCUGACGAGAGAUUAUCCAGAGGCGACAUCGGGAAAUGUGCACGAUUGGGCCGUUGGUGCUGUCGAAGCCUCUUCGGCGCCGGCAAGCACGUCUCAAGCGUUGAAGAAAUUGGGAAACUUGGGUCCUACAGUGACUGUACUGCAGACUGCCCUUGUUGUUCUCGUGAGCAGACUGACGGGCGAUGAGGACAUCAGCAUCGGUGCCAACUCCGCAGAGAAUGAACCGGCUUUCGUCUUGAGGACGUCGGUAACUGCCAAUGAACCAUUCUCGCAGUUGUACAAGAGGAUAGCCGAGGUUUCGAAUCAAGCUGUUGAAAGAACCGUCCCGCUUGAUAUACUCAAGUCUCGAUUAAAAACAUCCACGUUGUUUCGGUUUGCUGUCCUCAACACAACAGAAGACAAGUCCGAUGGUGUGGCGGAUAUGAAGACGACAGAUCUUGUCCUAAAGUACCGUCUUUCUCCUGCCGGCGACCUUUUCUUGACUGCUCGAUACAAUCAACUCUUGGUAUCCAGUAACAGAAUAAAGGGGUUUCUGGCCCAGUUCACCCAUUUUCUCGAAACCGUCGCCGAGAAUGUCGAUGCGGCUAUAGGUGGAAUCGUGUUCGCGACAGAGGAAGAAAAGAAGUUGCUCCCAGAUCCGACGAACGAUCUCGAGUGGUCUUCCUUUCGUGGUGCCAUCCACGACAUUUUCUCCGCAAAUGCAGAAGCUCACCCUGAUCGCACCUGUGUGGUGGAAACCGCAUCCGAUGACGGGCCUGAAAGAAGUUUCACCUAUCAACAGAUACACGAGGCCUCCAAUAUUUUGGCUCACCACCUCGUCAACGCUGGCCUGGAACGGGGGGAAGUUGUCAUGAUAUAUUCGUAUCGUGGAGUUGAUCUCGUCGUAGCCGUGAUGGGCACCUUGAAAGCUGGAGGCACCUUUUCCGUUCUGGACCCUGCUUACCCACCAGAUCGACAAAAUAUCUACCUUGAUGUUUCGAGACCACGAGCGCUUGUUGUCAUAGACAAGGCUACCCAAGACGCUGGGGAGUUGUCGGAAAAGGUGAGAGGGUUUAUCAAGGACAACCUAGACCUCAGAACAGAAGUACCGGCAUUGCGACUGCAGGAUGACGGCUUUCUGCAAGGUGGAGAGAUACACGGCAAGGACGUCUUCGACUCUAUCCGAGAUAAAAAGGGCAAGGGGCCUGGUGUUGUUGUUGGACCAGAUUCCACGCCUACGCUUUCCUUUACAUCCGGCAGUGAAGGCCGGCCGAAGGGCGUCCGAGGUCGACAUUACUCACUUGCAUUCUAUUUCGACUGGAUGGCAAAGACGUUCAACCUCUCCAACAAGGAUAAAUUCACAAUGCUUAGCGGGAUCGCUCACGACCCGAUCCAACGAGAUAUGUUCACCCCGCUGUUCUUGGGUGCGCAGCUUCUAGUCCCAUCUAAGAACGAUAUUCAGAAUGAGCGUCUGGCAGAGUGGAUGAAGAAAUAUGGUGCAACCGUGACUCACCUGACACCAGCCAUGGGCCAGAUCCUUGUUGGUGGUGCAACUGCACGUUUCGAGAAAUUGCACCAUGCCUUCUUCGUCGGCGAUAUUCUGAUCAAACGAGAUUGCCGAUCUCUCCAAGACCUAGCCCCCAAUGUGCGUAUUGUAAACAUGUACGGCACAACGGAAACUCAGCGAGCGGUCAGCUACUACGAGAUCCCGAGUCAGAAUGAGGAUGGCGCUUUUUUGCUGAACAUGAAGGAUGUGAUCCCCGCUGGGCGUGGCAUGUAUAAUGUCCAGAUGCUUGUGGUCAACCGAUUCGACCGUACCAAAGUGUGUGCCGUCGGAGAGAUUGGUGAGAUUUAUGUUCGAGCGUCAGGCCUAGCUGAAGGAUACCUCGGGACACCGGAACUUACAAAGACCAAAUUCGUUGAAAACUGGUUCCCUGGCCACGAAAGAGGACUCGAGUCAGACAAGGCUCGCUUUGAAGCAAAAUAUAAGAACGAGCCAUGGGCCAAAUAUUACUUGGGACCUCGCGACCGGUUGUAUCGAAGUGGAGACCUUGGACGAUAUACUCCGGAAGGAGACGUGGAAUGCUCUGGCAGAGCAGACGACCAGGUCAAGAUCCGGGGUUUCCGUAUCGAAUUGGGUGAAAUCGACACACAUCUGUCGCAGCAUCCCUUGAUACGUGAAAACGUCACACUCGUUCGAAGAGAUAAGUUUGAGGAACAGACGUUGGUCAGCUACGUUGUACCUCAAUUGCAAGCUUGGAGACAGUUCUUAACUGAAAAGGGUAAAGAAGAUGAGCAGGAUGACAACUCUCUGGUGAGCAGAUUCCAGCGUUUCAGGUUACUUCAACAAGAGGUGCAGGAGUAUCUCCGGACCAAAUUGCCAGCAUAUGCCGUUCCAUCGAUCAUCGUUCCCAUGCGAGCCAUGCCGCUCAAUCCCAACGGCAAAAUCGACAAGCCCAAGCUGCCGUUCCCCGACACGGCAAUGCUAUCUGCCAGCAGACGCCGCAAAUCAUCUACUCUUCAGCAGCUCACUGAAGGUGAAUUUGCUUUGGCGCAAAUAUGGGCCAAGCUCGUACCUGGGCUUAUCCCUAAGACCAUUAAACCUACAGAAUCGUUCUUUGAAAUUGGUGGCGAGAGUAUGAAGGCACAACAACUGGCAUAUCACGUACGACGUAGCCUCGGUGUGGAUCUUGCAAUUAGCAAGAUCUACAACCGACCUACGCUGAAGGAAAUGGCAGCCAUAAUCGAUCAGAUGAAGUCUGCUGAUUCUCUGGAAGGUCGUUUGGAGGAGGACACAGAUGCGAACCAGACCAAUGGCGCCAAAGCUGAAGAUUUCUACUCAGCAGAUGCGGUGAAGAUGGUCGAACAACUUCCAGAGUCCUUUUCUACUGUGUCCUCGACAGACCCUCCUUCAGAGCCCGUGGUGUUCCUGACAGGUGCGACGGGAUUUCUAGGAUCGUUCAUCCUAAAAGACCUGCUUGACCGCCAGAGCCCUGCCGUGAAGAAAGUCAUUGCGUUGGUGCGCGCCAAAGACGCAAGCGCUGGUCUCCAGCGCAUACAAGCUACGUGUCAAGCUUACGGCGUCUGGAGCGACUCUUGGAAGACGCGAAUUCAGUGUGUCGCAGGCAACCUCGGUCCGGCCAAAUUCGGGUUGUCGGACGCGGAAUACCAAAACAUCGCCCAAGAAACUGAUGUUGUCAUCCACAACGGUGCUCAGGUUCAUUGGAUCAACACGUAUGACAUGCUCAAGCCACCUAACGUGCUGGGUACGAUCGAGGCAGUCAAGCUUUGCGCAGAGGGCAAACCCAAGCUGUUUGCUUUUGUGUCGUCCACAAGCGUGCUAGACCACGAGCAUUUUGUUGCUGAAAGCGAGCGAAUUAUUGCUGCUGGCGGUGAAGGCAUCAGUGAGGCUGAUGAUCUCAUGGGCAGCAGCAAGGGCCUUGGGACCGGCUACGGACAGACGAAGUGGGCCUCGGAGUAUCUGGUCAGAGAAGCCGGACGGAGAGGACUGCGUGGUUCCAUCAUCAGAAGUGGUUACGUGCUGGGGUCGGCGAAGUCUGGCACCACAAACACUGAUGAUUUCCUGAUACGAAUGCUGAAAGGUUGCGUGCAACUGGGGACGCGGCCCAACAUCAACAACUCAGUCAAUAUGGUUCCAGUCGAUCAUGUCGCAAGAACAGUGGUCGCAACGGCGUUCUUCCCAGCUGCCCCUAAGGGAGUCAGCGUCGCUCACAUUACAGGCCAUCCUCGUCUUCGUUUUAACCAAUAUCUCGCCGUCCUUCAAACGUACGGCUAUAAAGCGGAAUUGAUCGAUUAUAUCCCCUGGGCAUCUUCACUCGAGAACUAUGUGAGCAACAACACCGACUUUGCGCUCAUGCCGUUGUUCACCUUUGUUGCCAAUGAUCUUCCGUCAAACACCAGAGCCCCAGAACUCGACGACAGCAACGCCGAGAAGUCUCUCUACGCGGAUGCCAAGUGGACGGGAGAGGACGUCAGUGCUGGAGCAGGUGUCACGAAGAAUGAAAUCGGCAAAUACCUUGCAUAUCUCGUAGAGAUUGGCUUCCUUCCUGCUCCCAACGUGACGAGUGGUGAUGUGAAGAGGCUGCCACCAGUCAAUAUCGGAGCCGAGCAACGCGCAGCUCUGGCCAGUGUUGGUGGCAGAGGAGGGUUGAGCUAG